CUUUCGCACGUAAUACCAAUUUGUUCUUACAUUGUAAAUUCCGGGGGAAGCCCACUUCGUUCACUCCUGCGAAACAAAUUCACUAAAGUAAGCCUGAGGUAGACUGCAAUACGUGAAAUGCGUUUACGCCGCUGUGCACAUUUUCUGCAAGACGGCGAGUGCAGCGCUCGGGAAGGUCGGGAAGCUGACGCACCAAGCGCGUCACAAUGUCGAAAGCCAGAAGCACAUUGAGCAUCGGGACCAUAUCAGAGCCACAGGUCGCCAGCGUGCUCCAAUCUCCAGGGCGACAAUUACGCCAUCACCAUGCAUGUUCCCUGCACGACUUGUGCGCGCUGUGCCAGGAGACAGCGUCUCACUUCCAGUAUGCAGAGCUGGAGACGCCGGCGUCUCCCGACGGACCACAGCCAGAGAGCACACGCGUGGCCGCACACGAUGUGUGGCACCUACUGCUGGAGUCCCCGCUCGCCCACACCAGCGUCACGCUGCGGCAGCGGCUGCACCUGCGAAGCCUGGUUCUACCGCCCCCCUCGGCGCUGCACCCCGCUGAGGCGCCGGCGCAGCUGGUAAUGCGCAAGGGCGUGUGGCUGUGGCGAGACCAGGUCGACGCCACGCCGCCCAGUGCCAGCGGCACAAUCACGCCCGCCGCCUCGGCGGCCGCGGUGCCCGGCUACGAGGACACGCCGCCCGACCGCAUCCGCCGCGCGCUCAAUGGUGAGGGCAACGGCCCCUCGCGCCUGGGCCCUGAUGACCACGUGCGCCGCAUGUUCGCCUGCCGGGAUGCGCUGGUGGCGGCGGCGGAGCACGGCGACACCGACGCUCUGACGCUGCUGGUGCGCCACACCGUCUUCAGGUCGUAUGCAUUCGGCCCCCACGCUGCCGUGAGCCGAGACAUAAUGCUGGCCGAUCUCAUCUGGGCCUUCUGCGGCGGCCGCAUUGCGCCCGAGCUGUUGGGCUGGAUGUUCGGCGACGCUUCACUGCCGGAGGUGGAGUUGGAAAUGGAUGCGCCCUUCGCCGAGUGGCUGGACAGCGACGUUCCCUACCUCGCAGCGGCUAUGCACUUGCACAACUCCGCAGUAGCCACGGGCACUACACCGGCGCCUGAUGGUGGCAGCGGCAGCGGCAGCGGCAUGAGCAGGGCGAGCAGAGAACCAGCCGCAGACGGCGCUGCCGCAGACGGCGCUGCUGCAGACGGCAUCAGUGGUAAUGGCUACGACUCGAGAGACAGCCCGCUCUCAGUGCUGCGGGAGUUUGGCUUUGCGUUUCAUGAAUCGGGCCGGACGUUCCUGCUGGCGGUGUGGCUCUACCUGCACGACCGUUGCAGUGAGGCGGCGAUUGGCUGGCUGGCUCAGCAGGGCUGCCCCACAGGACCGCCCGGCUGGGCCUACGCGCUGGUGGCAGGGCUGCAGCCCAGCACCGAGUGGAGCCGGCGGCAGGAGGAGGCGCUGGCAGUGCUGGCGGAGGCGCACGUGCCGCUGGGGCCGGCGGCGCUGGCAGACAUAUGGCGGCUGGGGCCCAAGCCCUUCAGCAGCUACGUUGGCUUUCUCGCUAAGCAGCGCUGCCGCGGCGUGGGAUCGCCCCGCCUCUAUGCCGCCGCCAGCUGCUGUGCGCCCUUCAACCCCGCCUCCCGUGCCGACGCCCGCGCGCGCCGCCGCUUUCUCAAGCAGUCAGGCCUGGCGCCACCGCGGCUGCAGCGGCUGUGCGGUGUGCUCUGCUUGGCGCCGUCAGCGGCCGACGGCUUUGCUGGCGCCGCCGCUUGGGACGACGCCGGCAGCGACGCCGAGCUCGAUUGCAGCAGCGGAGGCACUGAGGCUAGCAACGCAAGUGCCGACGGCGGUGGAGGCAGCCCCGGCGCUGGGGGGAGCGGAAGCUGGGGCAGAGGAGGGGGCUUGUCGGCGAUUCCCCGGUAUGGGUCGCGUGAGGUGACGAAACCGCUCCUGGAGAUAUUGGAGGGAGUGCCGGCGGAGUGCCUUGUAGUAGGCGGGCCGGCGGCGUCGCAGUCAAACGUGUCGGGUGCGUUGGCUGCAGCGCUGCAGGACCUGCAGCUGCAGGAUGCUAUUGGCAGCGGUGGCGGCGGCCGCAGCGGCGCUGCGACGCCGGCGGCGUCCAUGGCGGUGGCUCUGCACGCGCGGCAGCUGCGUCAGCAUCUGCAGGCUCAUCUACAGCGGCGGGACCAGGGGGCCGCACAGGGCAUGAGCAGCUCACAAUCUGACAAUGCCAUGACAUUCAGCUCGGGUGGGAGCGAGGCGGUGCAAUCGCAGCAAUCGCAGAGCGGCGAGGGACAGGGAGAGGGAGAGGUCGGGGAGGAGGCGGUGCAGCAGCGGAACCAGGGAGAUACGGUCGGUGGAAGUGGAGAGUUUGCUGAGCUGGAGCCGGCGCCGGCGGUGGCUUUGGAGGGUCACAACCCGUGCUGAAGGUAUGCGGCGGACAAGGGUGUGCGCUUUCGCUAGGGUUGAGAGCUUGUGGUCGCGAGCGCUGUCAGACUUUCAAAAGCAAUGCCGGAAGGCUACGAAUGAGAUACAAUUCUGCAUAAUGGGACGGGCAUGUGCUGGUGUGCGGCGGUGUGUGGCAUGCCGUGCUUUACGUUUAGCUGGCCUUCAUGAUUGCUAUAGCGGACUCUGGAGAGAUGUCUGCAGCUUAGGCAACCCCAGAUUUUGGUAUUUUGGGAGGGUUUGCUCAUUACCUUGGGUGUCCCUAAGCCCAGGUGAAUAAAGAUGUUUUCCGAAAGUGAAUACUAGGGAGGACGAAUGGCAGAUGGUGCCACAGCAAUCUCCCGUAUCGGGUCAAGAACAGUUGAGCGUGAGUCGUGCGACAUACCUCGCAUGCGGUUUCGGCAGGCAACGCCAGUGCGGGCUUGCGCUGACGUGUUGUGACGGGUGGCCAGGCCUACAUAUGUGGGGCUACACACGCAGGGUUAUGGCUGUGUCUGAGUCAGCUUGUUAUGGUCAACCAAAUGUCAUUUGCAAUUGCUUAUUUUGGUGAAGCAUCUGCCUAAGUGUAGUAUAUGUGCAGGAGAAUGGAGCAUUUUAACACCUAGUCUUUGCUGAGUGCACACAAAAGCACUGUCCUGGCGGACGGUUGACAGCUCACAUUCGCGUUUGCGGUUCUUCUCUUGAUUGCGGUUUGGAUCUGUUUGGAUCUUGUAGUCCGUGUAUGUUUAGAUCCAGAGUAGGCAGGGGAGAAACACGUGCACGUGGGCCAGCAGGGAGUGAGCACCCGUGCACGGAUGAGCAGAUUGGACUUGUGCAUUUGCUCAUGUCAAAUGGAUGUGUGCAACCCGAUCAAGCUCGUACCUAGAGACGCACACGUCGCUAUAGUAGUCAGUAAAGGUCAGAAGGCAUGGCCGCGACGUGUUGGGCAGAUGCCCUGUCGUCAAGCAGGAGACGGUGCGCAGUAUGCGCUUGGACACAGGGCAGAACGAUGUAAGCUGUGAAGGGCUGAACACACACGCUGGCCGCUGGCUUGAACAUCGGUGUGCGAUGGGACAGGGUUAAGGCAGGUU